AUCGAACGUUUUUGCACCUAACUUCAGCACGCUUGCUUCUCUUAUUUCUAAAAUACAAUUCAACGCAUCUUUCUCUCUUUUUCUCGUAUUUUCAUAUUAAUAUUUAUGAUAUAUUGUUGCAAUAAAGAUUCUCCAGAGAGAAAAUGACGAAUGACUUGUCGAUGUAAGGUGAUUCAUUUGGGACACCCGGUAUACGUUUGCAUUAUCGCAGCUUGUAGUGCGUCACGCGUGCGGUAGUGUGUGUGCAGCGACGGGUGAUCAUGCGGGGUUACCUGAGAUUCAUCAUACAACGCGAUGAGUGACAGAGAACGGUUGUUGAAGCGCAAUUAAGAGCGCGACGCACAAUAUCGCGGAUUUUCUCUUUCCUUCCGCGAUGGGUAAUUGCAUCAGGAGCAUGUGGAGGCGGUUGCGGAGGAAUCGCCCCGCGGAGAAGACCAUUAUUCUGCUCGUUGCGGGGCUGGAUAACGCUGGGAAAUCCCUGAUAUUGAAUCACAUCAGUGGCGAUCCGGAUCAGGAUGUAUUGCCUACGAUGGGAUUCCGCACAGUAUCCUUGAAGCAUAAGUCCUAUUCGGUAAAAAUAUAUGACGUUGGUGGCAGUUCUCAAAUCAGGGCACUGUGGCCUAAGUAUUACAACGAUAUACACGGUCUUAUAUACGUGGUGGAUGCUAGCGAUAUUUCCCGUCUCGCAGAAAAUAAAGUCGUGUUUAACGAAUUAAUCACACACGAGAAUAUCUCAACAAAACCAUUGUUGUUACUCGCCAACAAACAGGACCUAAACGGAGCUAUCGAUGAAUUAGAUCUGGUCGAACGUUUAGACGUGGAACGCGUAGUCAAUGCUACAAGAUGUCCAACGAGAGUAGAAACUUGUUCCUGCAUUUACGACAAGGAACAAUCGAAAAACAGUACCAUGGGUAUAAGGAACGGGUACAAGUGGUUGUUGGAUACUAUAGUGAAAAAUUAUGCUACUCUGAAUGGUAGAAUCAAACAGUCGCAGAAUUCUAGUCAGCGUGAGAGGAUCCAAGAAUCUCAAUCCGUGGCGUCGAAUACGCCUUCGAGGAUAUCCGUACACUCAAAUCCUUUCAAACCCAUCAAAGAUCUGUUGGCAACAAAGGAUGAAGUUGCAAUAAGUGAGUCCUGUAAUGGCACUAACGAAGGGAAAGGCAUCAUAAAAGCUUUCGUACGGAGAAAUAAGACUGCCCCUCUUCCAGUUGAACAAUCAACCGUUGAAUGUGAGACUCUCUCGCAUAAUUCUACGCUCAACGUAGAGGCUAUCGCUGGAGAGAAAAGCACACAAACUGUGACCACGAUAUUUGAUCCUUUAAAUGUUGAUUAUGGUUAUAAAAGUCCGUUAAAUAUUGAUCAUAAUGGAAGUAACGCGAGUACAAAGCUAAUCCGUCCAUAUACGGCGCCAGAGAGGUCGCAACGACUACCAGCUAAAGUGACGAUAAUCAACAUGCCUGGACAAGUGCCUCAAUGACAUAUGUAACUAUAUGUGUUUGCUUAAGGGACCAUACAUUGUAUUAUUGUAAGACGUAUGCAAAGUCGAAGUGUAUCACCGCAAGAAAAAUUGGCUCUACGACAUUACAUAUCUAGAAACCGCGUAACAUGAUAACGUAUAUACACACGUGCGUGUACACGUAACACACACAGACAUUCAUUGUCAUCUUCAGUGAAUUAUCAUAGUUUAACUACUUAAAUUAAUUAAUACCUUUUGUACAAAAAAUAUUUUAUAUUGUUACUGUUGUUAAGUUACCACUUCUGAAAUAAGAAAAUGAUUUUAAUUUUACAGUUUCGUGAAUUUUGAUGACAAUAUUUAUUAAUAUAACAUAAAAACUUAUGUAUAAUUAAAAUAUUAGGUAUAUACAGCCAACAUAAAAUAUAUCUUUUAUUAUUCAAAGGGAAAAGUUUCUCUCAAAUUCUGAGAUGAUCCUCACAUAUUGCAAUAUAUUUUACUUACGCAUACGAGUUAGUCAAAAGAAAAAAUUACGACGUGUUGGUUUAGCUUACUAAUUUAUUUUGUAAAUUUGUAUACAAGUUCGUGUAUAGAAAGAUUUUACAAAGUACAUAUGCGGUACAAAGCACACACUUAAGAUCCAUGUAUCACUAAAAGUAAUAUUAUAUAUAAAGGUGUUGCAAAAUUGCUCGAAAUCUUUCGGUAACAUCGAUACGAAAAAAUUGCAAUUUCGAAAAAUGGAUUAACGUGUCACACGUAGUGACUACUCUCAGCACACACUUAUCACAAUGCAAAA